AUGUGGUGGGUAUACCUCUUAGGAGCGCUCGUCGCCUACGUGGUGGGGUCGAAAAUCCAGUUGUGGCACUUGCGCCGCAAGUACGGCGCCAAGGACUUCCAGUAUAAGGACUCCGACGGCGUGUUUGGCUUCUACAUGUGGUACCCGUUGAUGCAGGCGAAGAAGACCGGUGAUGCUGUCGACUACGGUGAAUCGAUGUUCCACAAAGACGGUGUUAACAAGCUUACGAUGUCGCAGAAGGUAUUGGGAAGAACUUUAAUUGUCACUAAGGACCCCGAGAAUAUUAAGCUGGUGCUUGCUACCAAUUUUAACAAGUACGCUUUGGGUGAGCGCCACGAGUUCUUGGCUCCUCUCUUGGGUGAUGGUAUUUUCACUCUUGAUGGUAACGGGUGGAAACACCUGAGAACGAUGUUGAGACCUCAAUUCGCUAGAGAACAAGUGGCCCACGUCAAACUGUUGGAGCCUCACGUCCAAGUGCUUGCCAACCACAUUAGAAAGGCUAAGGGUCAACCGUUUGAUUUACAGGAAUUGUUCUUCAGAUUGACGGUCGACUCGGCUACGGAAUUCUUAUUUGGUGAAUCGGUUGAAUCUUUGAGGGAUGAACUGUUGGGCUACUCCAAGGAACUGAUGGACAACAUCCCCGGUAAGCGUCAAUUUGCCGACGCCUUCAACACCUCGCAAAACUACCUCAGCAACCGGGCGUUGCUCCAGCUGUUCUACUGGAUGAUCAACCCGAAGGAGUUUAAGGAGUGUAACAAGAUCGUCCACGAGUUCUCGGACUACUACGUCAACAAGGCACUCAACAUGCUGCCGGAAGAGCUUGAAAAGGAGUCGCGGGGCGGCUAUGUCUUCCUCUACGAGUUGGCGAGAAACACCAGAGACCCCCGAGUGUUGCGUGACCAGCUGUUGAACAUCUUGUUAGCCGGUCGUGACACCACUGCGGGGCUUUUGCUGUUCAUUUUCUUGGAAUUGGGGCGGUCGCCGGCGACGUGGAACCGUUUACGAGAAGAGAUCGAGACCUAUUUCGGCCUCGGCGAGGAAGCCAGAGUCGACGAAAUCACCUUCGAAUCGUUGAAGCAGUGUGAAUACUUGAAGGCAGUGAUUAACGAGGCGUUAAGACUUUAUCCCUCGGUGCCCCGUAAUAUCCGUUACUCGACGGAAACCACUACUUUGCCUAAAGGUGGUGGUCCCGAUGGCCAGUCGCCUCUCCUUGUGCCCAAGGGAGCCGGGGUGCUUUACUCGGUGUUUGCCAUGCACCGUGAGCCUCUGAUCUACGGUAAGGACCUGUACGAGUUUAGACCCGAACGGUGGUUCGAGCCCGAGACCCGUAAGUUGGGGUGGGGGUUCUUGCCGUUCAACGGCGGUCCUCGGAUCUGCUUGGGCCAACAAUUUGCCCUUACCGAGGCGCUGUACGUCACCGUGCGGUUGAUCCAGAUGUUCUCGAAGCUCCACCGCGUCGACACCACCUACCCGCCGAAGAAGGCCACCCACUUGACGAUGCUGGUGUUCGACAGGUUGGACGUGACGAUGACGUGA